UUCCGUCCAGGGAGCGAGCGGAACCGGGGCGGGAGCCUCGCGGCGCAUGCGCCUUGUGCUGUCUCUGACCUUCAGCAGCCGGGGCCGGGCGGGCAAGCGGGUGAAGGAGGCCGAAGGCAGGCGGGAGCCGGAGAGAGAAAGAGAGAGAGGCGCCCCCGGUGCCCUUGAGAGGAGGAGGAGGAGGAGUCAUGAUGUUCUCCCGAGGAGCCGUCCUGGUGGGCGGCGCGGUCUUCUCCCAGCCGCAAUGGGUCCAAGUUAGGAAUAUGGCAACCUUGAAAGACAUUACCCGGCGCCUGAAGUCAAUCAAGAACAUCCAGAAAAUCACCAAAUCCAUGAAGAUGGUUUCUGCGGCAAAAUACGCGAGGGCCGAGAGAGAGUUAAAGCCUGCAAGAGUGUAUGGAGUUGGAGCGUUGGCUCUCUAUGAGAAAGUGGAAAUCAAGGCACCUGAAGACAAGAAGAAGCAUCUUAUCGUUGGCGUGUCCUCCGACCGAGGCCUGUGCGGUGCCAUCCACACCUCAGUUGCUAAAGCAAUCAAGAGUCAAUUUGCCACCCUGACAGAGGGGGGUAAAGAAGUCAUGGUCGUUGGAGUGGGUGACAAGCUGAGAGCCAUUCUUCAAAGGACGCAUGGAAAAAGCUUCCUGUUUAACUGCAAAGAAAUAGGGAGGAAGCCUCCAACCUUUGGAGAUGCAUCGAUCAUUGCCUUGGAGCUGCUUAAUUCCGGAUACGAGUUCGACGAGGGAACAGUCAUCUACAACCGAUUCAGAUCUGUAAUUUCUUACAGAACAGAUGAGAAACCAAUCUAUUCACUUGAAACGGUCUCGGGUGCUGAAAGCAUUAGUAUUUAUGACGAUAUUGAUGCUGACGUCCUGCGAAACUACCAGGAGUUCACCUUGGCCAACAUUAUCUUCUACUCGCUGAAGGAGUCUACCACCAGCGAACAGAGCGCUAGGAUGACUGCCAUGGACAACGCUAGCAAAAACGCUUCCGAGAUGAUUGACAAGCUGACGCUGACAUUCAAUCGUACUCGCCAAGCUGUCAUCACCAAGGAACUUAUUGAGAUCAUCUCCGGUGCUGCGGCUCUGAACUAAGGGGCUAAUCAGAAAUGAGUUUCAUCCAGAGUCAACAGGUAAUGAGGCGAUCUCCCGGCAAGCUGUUUGUUUCAUGUCCUUUCUAGAGAGUGACUACUGUUGGUGGAUCAUUCUGUGAAAAAAAAAAUUCGGGCAAAGAACCUCCAGCUGUUUGUAAACUGUAUUUCAAUAAAUGCCUAACAUGAAAGA